GAUGAAGCAUUGGCGCAGCGGCUGAAUGGACUGGCAUGUGUUUAUAUGUGUACAGUGCACACACAAUGUAAUAACAAUAGGCGCAGGGGGGCCUGCAUGCCAUGUCCCAUGCCCCAACCAAAGGCCAGUUCAUUAUAAAGCCACACACAGCGGAGUUUGCCAGCCAUUCAUUAUUUUCUCCAUGUAUGGGUAGGGUUAUGGUCUUGCCAUCACCAUAUGUGCCAGUCUGGGUCUAGGGAGCUAGGGCUGAGCUAGGUGAGCUGGCUGGGUUGGUUCCACCGUACUGACUUCAAGGCAUCAGCUGUCCGUGCUAUGGUCACCGUGCAGAACAAUUGCUCCUUGGAGAAGAUCGCAUCUCGGCAACAUCCGAUACUGGCACUACCUGACUACAGAGUAAAAGAGCAGUCUCUGCGACAACCCAUCUCAAUCUGGGAUAGUCUUUGCUGAUCUCAAAAAUUAAAAACAGCAUCUGUUCUUGGAAUGACAACCACAUUAGUGAAUUGAUCAGGACUCGCGCUCUGUCUCUCUGAUUUUUGUGGGAUGCUUUCGUUUUUCAACCUGAUGUUGCAGAUGACCGCUCUGGUGGACAUUAACCAGUGAAUGUGAUGUACAUAGAAACGACUGCAAUGUCAGUGCGCCAAUCUAGCCCAGCCAUGGGCACUGAUGGAAUCCAGAUAAAACAAGAGCCUCUUGAUGACGAUAGCGACCAACGAAGCGACAGUGGAAGCAGUGGUGGUGGUGGUGGUGGAACCGGUGACGGCAUCGCAGAGAACGACAUGGCAGAUGUCCAGAUGGAAUGCGACGAGUUCAGUAAUGGUCAUGCUCAGAUGAACGGCGAGACUGACAGCCGCACACCCUCAGUCAACAUGGAUGGGGACUUGAACGGCGAUGAACAAUGCCUAACUGACAACGGCCACAGUCCGAUUUUGACAAACGGAGUCGACAGUGACCUGCACAUAGACAAUAAUAAUACACUGCUUAAGGAUGCAGCAGAGGUGGAGAGAAGUAUAGAGGUGGCAGAAAUGGAGCUCAGGAAAGCACCAGAGCCAGGUGCACCGACACCCAAGAGCCUGGCUGAGAAGGAAGCAAGGUUAGAACAACUUCUCUCCCAGCUGAACGUCCUGAAGGAACAGCUGCUAGCCCAACAGCAAGAAGCAGCUGCCAUGCACCGCUCACAGAUCCAGCGCCAGCAGCGACAGAUGGAGCUGCAGCGACUCCAACAAGACAUGCUGCAGCGACAACAGCAGCAGCUCCUGGAACAGCAGCACAAGAUCACUAUUCUGACCCAAGCCAUGCAGCACCAGAGCGGGCAGUUCAUCCGUCUGGUUCCCAUCUACCCCCAGGAUUACCCUGCUGGGGUCACGCCAGUUCUGAUAGCGCCAGACGGCACGGCCACAAGCACCCAGUCAGGGACCAAGACCACUCAGUCUGGACUGAGUACCUCCCACCUCUUAGCUGGUCACCCAGGGCUUCCAUCACCCCAACUCACUACGGGGAUCCCAGUCCCCGUCAAGCCCCCAAUGCACACCGUCAGCCCCAAAGGUCUCCUGACAAUCCCUCAUGCUUCGUUCCCGCCAACGGGCUUCCCCACCACUCGCACCAGUCCAAGCACCGUUGCACCUUCCCUUAAUCAGGAUUCGAACCCCGAACCACUUAAUCUCUCUGCCAGGGGUUCGACUUCCUCCGCGUCUUCUUCCUCAUCAUCCAUGUCCACCAGCUGGUCUUCCAGAGGUGCUUCCGAUAGCUCCUCCACUAAAGGGUCCACUUCUCCAUCUCAGACAUUUGUCACGUCCCGGCCUGUCAAGAUUACAGAACCGCUCAAGCGGAGUCAGUCGCUGUCGCCCAAGACCAGUUACCAGAAAUACACGGCCCACGAAGCGGAAAUAGUCAACCAUGCAUCAUCCUCCCAGAUCCGAUUGUUCCACGACAAAGCAGAAAUUAGACCAGGAGUUUCGGUUGCGCUGACAGAGGCAGCAGCACUCGCAGCUGCCAGCGACUUCCCGAUGGCAUCAGACAAAGAGAAGAUUGCUCUUGAAGCAUUGACCAAUCAGCUUCCAUCCAGAACGAUGGUCAUGUAUAAUGGGGACCAUGCUGGUGAUAGUAGCUCCAAUGCGAGUGCCAGCGAGAAUGGUGAUGAACCGACCACGUACCCUUUGCAUAUGUUGCAGAGCAUGAAGAAGUCCAUCGUCAUUGACCUGACUGACGAAGACGGAAGACCAAAAAUGGACGUCCAGGUUGAUAACUCAACGAUUGCACGCAUGUACCGUGACACGCGGAAGUUGGACGCCAACCGGCCGCACAUUAAGCGGCCAAUGAACGCAUUCAUGGUGUGGGCCAAGGAGGAAAGGAGGAAGAUACUGGCUAGGCAUCCAGACAUGCACAACUCCAACAUCAGCAAGAUACUUGGUUCCAAAUGGAAGACAAUGUCAAACGCAGAGAAGCAGCCCUACUACGAAGAGCAGGCGCGCCUCAGCAAAGCCCACCUGGAGAAAUACCCGGACUACAAGUACAAGCCCCGCCCCAAGCGCACCUGCAUCAUCGACGGGAAGAAGUUGAAGAUCGGCGAGUACAAGGCCCUGAUGCGAGCCAAGCGCCAAGAGGUACGGCACGUCUUCUACACAAGGGAUGGUGAGCAUAUGGUCCGGGCACCCAACAUUGGUCCCAUGUCGCCCCAGGGGCUGUCCAUGGUCGAAGGGGCUUACUCCCUGGGCCAAGUCUCCUCACCGAUGUCACUAGAGUCACCCACAGAGUACUGAGUUGACAACCGUUCUUGUAUUUUUUAAAUCAGGGUUUAGUUUGUAUUUUAGCCUUUUAGGUAGACUCCUUUGUAGUUGUUUUGAUCGGGUAGAUGUAAACAAGAUUUACAUUGGAUCAAAGCAAUCAAGUUAGACCACCGAUGCUGUUUCAGGGUGACUGAUUCUGUUUAGAAUUGUUAUGAACUCCAAAGAGAUUGUUUAUGGUGCCGUAGUGAAAAUUUUCAUUUUUUAGACAUCUUGAAAUAGUUAAUUGCCCUUAUUAUGACAGCAUAUUCAAAGAGAAACUGAAAUGUCCUGGUCUUAAGAAUUGUGUAGACAACCAACAAAUACAGGUCGAGUAUCCAGACUCCUCUUAUCCUAACUGCUGUAAAACCAGACAGACACUGACCACUUCAGGUCAUAGAAUCAUCAUGAAGUUCCAAGUUUUGUGUGGUUAUCACACUUUUUUUGUCUGAUUCACUGCCAGUAUGUUACUAAUCUGAGGAUACUUUCCUUUGAUGACUUGAGAAAAGCCAGAGGAAAUAGUAUUCAAAUGAAAGAAUUGGUUUGUUACUUGUACAUAAGCUGACAGACACCAGUGCUGGGCAUCGCUGCCCAGCAACUGAAGAUAGCUUCUGCUUUUGUAGAUGCCUGUACCUGCGCUUUCUAAAGUAAGCUGGCUGUUACUUAUUCAAUACUCCCAAAUGCUACACUAUUUUUAUUUUAUUUUGGGUUUUCCACACUCACUCUGCUAACCUUGUACAAGAGCUUAAAGGCAAAGGCAUGGUAGCACAUUAUUCCAAUGGACCGAUCCAGUAAGCCCCGCCGCAUGGUGUUCUGACCAAUCACAGCCGUGAUUUAUGUCCGACAUGCGUGCACAAAAGCACAACAUGCAUGCACGCGCGUAAUAUGCGCACGGCUGAAACAUGCAGUGUGGCUUUGGAGAGGAGCACGUGUUUAUUGCCCAUGUGCGCAGUGGGCGCGGCUUUCUGUAUCAGUCUACUUAAAGACUCCGUGCACGAUGCUGAUGGCUCGUUUUGACCAAUCAUGAGAGCUAUGUGUGUCAGACACAGGUAGUGUGUGCGAGUUUGUUUCUGCUUUCAAUAGGGGACGUUGAACAAUAGAGGACAAUAGAGUCCCUGAUUCCCGAAGGUCCCCAAUUUACAAUCAUGUACAAAACAUAUGGGAGGUCUUCUUAAAAAGUUGGAGUACAAACCAAAGAGGGACAAUAGGGGUUCCCCGAUUGCAGGCAAAUACACACUUACAUGCACUGGUUUGAGUGUGCUGCACAAAUUAUGCAGAAUUCAUUUUCAUGUAGACGUGCACCAAACAGUAUCGUCUUUGCGCAAGCACCAGACGAACCAUGGCAAUGUGUUUAAGAGCUUGCCUUAACUCUCUCUUUGUAAUCAUUGAGCAGAUACGUAACCUGUGCAUGGAACUAGGGGGUAAUAUGUGGUGACCACAUUAUGUUGCAGUGUCAUAGUAAUAAUGACAGAGCAUUUCAAUGCAACAAUUCACCACAAAAACUGUUGUAUAAUGUUGUGUCGAGAGAUGUAUUGGUGUUAACACAUUUCACCAGGUUCGCAUCACUCACUGGCUGAAUAGGCUCGCUGCUAUCUCCUCUGAACCUGAAAGAAAAUGCAAAAUUAAGACAUACGAUCAACUGAACCAAUGGAGUAUAUAAUUCUCUGCACUAAUCUUAAACAUGAAGAACUUUCGAAACCAGGUUACAUUCAUAACCUACCUCAACAUACAUGUAUUCGUUGAAUACUUACGCAAUAUGAUUUACCUUUAUAUACACACAUACGCAAAUGUAUUUAUUAAAAAUGCAUGAUACAUAUACUGCUAGGGGUCUACAGUAAAAAAUUUGUUAAAAAAGCAGCUGAAUUUUUUUGUCUUCUUUUAUGUCAUUGUUCAUGACAGUGUUGCACUAUAACUGAAAAAAAAGGAAAUUGGGUCAGUGUCACAUCUAUCCAUUAUAUUACCACUUUGUGACCGACCUUGGGUCUGGAGAAUUAUUUUUCAGAGCUCAACCCAAGGGAAAACAACUAAGUGUCCUUUGGUUAGAGAUAGCAUACUUUUGAGAAUUUGAAAAAUCCAAGAAUUUGAACCUCCAACUAAUGUGCUUGUAAGUUUCCAUUGUAUUUCUCUUUUAUUUUGGACAAAUUCACAUAUUUUAUAUGUGAAUAAUUGAUUUUUGAUAUGUGCUAACUGUUCGAUCAAACAUUGCAGGAUUGUAUAUAUACAUAUAACAUUAAAAAAAAAAGAGUAAGUAUGUUGUGUUAAAACCUGCUGAUUUUAAUAACAGAAAAAUGUAAAUUCUGCAUGAAUGUUGAAAAAAAAUACUGUGUGUUUGCUAUGGGUCAGAAGUAUAACUGUUUAAAAGUCAGUGAUGAGUUCAACGUUACGCCGAAGGAAAGUGAAAUGAGCAGAUUUGAUACAACACGACUCACACAUUUAAAAAAAAAAAAAAAAAGUAAAUGUGUUGCAUUUUGAGUACCUUGAGUGAAAAGGUGUAGUGACUUUGAUGUACAUGUCAGAUGGUGCAACGAUGUUCUUGUGUAGCAAGUGUGUACAUAUGUAUUUUACAUAGAGAUAGAUAUAUAAACUUAAAGCGUUACUUGUGCAUAGUCGCUCAUACCUCAUUCGCGUAAACUUAACACACAGGUGAAAGUCGCAUAUGGGCAAAAACAGUGGACGUUGUGGAAUGUAAGUAAAAGGUGGCCAGCCACUUCAGAUUGUAGAUAAUUGUUCAAAGUGUAAUAUACGAGCCAAAGUUGCAAAAAAAAAGCUGAUUGGCCAUAAACAUCAAACAGUUGGGCUUACCAUCUAUUAGCCAACUGUGACUCAUGGCCUCUGAGCUUUUAGUGACCAUCAUCAAGUGGCCACUGAAAACUCCGAAAUGUUGGACAAUUCAAAGACACGUGGACAAGUUUGGAGCUUGAUAUGGCCAUACAUGUAAGCUGGAACUCCAAUUGGACCAUAUAAUCAACAUGCAUCAUUUGAUGGCUCACUACUGGCCACAAUAAGUGAUGAUGAGGUGGACUUUUAACUUCGAAUCUUCAAAUGCCCGUCAGUCUCCAAAUCAUUUCAGUUAGGUAACCAGGAUUUUCCUUUGAUAUCAUACGUAGUCAGAUUUGAGUUCUUUGUUGAGGUCAAAGAAUUAACAUAUGGUGGCUUGUACUGGGUUCAGGACUUUGUGCGAUACAAAUUAAAAUGUGCAGGGAUGGAAGUCCUUUAAAAAAACAUAGGAUUUGACUUUCAAAACCUAUUAAAAAACCUAUAUCGAUGAAGAGGGUGGUGACUGCUCUAUGUUCCGACAACCCGCACAUAAGUUUGUGUUAGUCCGUUAAGGGUUAGAGUUAAGAACAUGAGCAGGUGGAACAAAGGGUGUCAGAACACAGGUGUGUCGGAACAUAGGUGUGUAACCAAGAGGUUCACAGUGAGGCCUGCUCAUACUUAGCACAUAAUUUGCUAGGCAAUGUUUGCUUUAUUGCUGCUCUAUGAAUGUUUUCCCUGUCAAUACAUUUAGCCCUCAUCAGGUGCACUUAUGAGCACCUGCCAAAUUUCCCAGCUUUUGUCCACAAUUGUCUAUCUUUGGUUGGUUGUCCCACCUUCUGUACAGAUACUUCUGGAAAGUUGCUGGCUAGGAAAUAAAGAAGAUGUGAAUUUAAAUUGCAUCGGUCAACAGAAUACAAAGAAAUUCAAAACCUGAUUAACCAUUUAUACCUCACUGCAACAUGAUAAAGGCCGGUGGUAAAUUCAUGUACCGCCCUCUAUCGACGGCCUAAUAAGAAGUAUCAAAGAAAUGUCAUUUAGGGGUACAAAUGUAUCAGGAGACAAUGUAAACAUUUAAUAUAUCUACAUGAAUGCAAAUCUUUUGGUCCGUUCAAUUUGUUUGCUAUUUCAAACAAGUGCUCAGCCUUGGGUGUAAAAAAAUUAUUUUCUUUUUAAACAGCCCAACACCUUUACAACUGUAGUCCUAAAUAAGUAGUGUUGACUAAAUCUGAAUACGCAAGAAAAUGUUAUAAACACAAUCACGUAGGCAUAUUGUAUUCAUAAAUGUUUGAACUCGACAAACUGCAAACUGAAAACACAGCUACUUUUGGUAGAGUUAGGGGGGGGGGGAGAAAUGUCCGCUUGGUAGGCUUCAUAAUAAUUGCAAAUCUCGGUCUUCGAGGUACUGUCACAAAACUCAGAAACUUGUUACACGAAACUGAAGCCAAGCUGCUGGAACUGACGAACUUGGAUACUUUGUAAGCCAAUUAAGUACCCAUACUUGUUCAGAUUGGGGUCCGCUUUGGUUGCGGCUACGAUUUUUGGUACAUUGAUAUGGGAUAUCAAUAGUCCAUGUGUAUUCGUUCGUAUCAUUAUUUCAGCUGACGAAAAUAUGUCUGCUGCCAACAAUAGACGAAAAGUCGCCAUGUCAAUUUACGUGAGCCAGUUGACUGCACAAAUAUGUUUUACUAUAAUCUACUGUUUCUCGCUCUUUAGAAAUCAUACUUCAGAAAAGAGUGAACAUGCAGACAAAGAUUAGAGAUACCUUUUGUUAGUGCGAAUUACAUCUAGUAAUCUUUAGUGAAUAACUUAAUUUGAAUUUUGCAAAGAACCAACUACCAAUUGAUGAGGAAUGGGACGACAGUGACCCUGGAUGACCUUUCUGUGUUCUUUAUGCAAUACUUGAGUGUGUAGUAUGUUGCAUGUUUAUACGUGUAUUGUCGUAACGCAGGUGUCACGCAAUUGCGAAUGGAUUAUCAGACAAUGGGAAUGAGAAUACGUUGCAUAUUCAUGAAGCAUAUUCCAGUUCCUGAUGUCUGAAUGUGUUUGGCGUAUUCAUUAUGCAAAUCAACCAGUUCAUGUCCUGUCAUCGCCAUGCAGAUUCAACGCAUUGCGAAGGGAUAUCUGCACAUACAUGUAGUUGUCUUAUUAGGGGUCUUGUCGAACCGUUUCUAUUGUUUAUUUGGAUUGCCAAACUAAAGUUUCAUGUUCAGUGGUGAUUGAAAUAAGUGCUGGCGAAAACGUCACUUGACUCAUAGGACGUGUAACUUCGUAUUGUGGACAGACAUUGAAACAUUUAAUUGAAUCAAGACCUUUGUAUUUCGUAUCGUUUUUAAGGAGUCGCAAUACAUUUCCCCCUUCUUUGUUAUCUCAGGGUAUGAGUAACCCUGCACAUGUGAAAUUGGAAAAUGUGAACUAAAAUAGUUGUGCCAGGUAUUCAAUGUGUAGAUCAACAGCGUAUUAAAUAAUAAACACAUUUAAAUAUCUUCCUUUUAUAUAUAACAACAGAAUUAAACUUGGUCGUGUGAUGCUAGUCAUUCGUGUUGUACGGAACUGUUGAAUAUUCAGUAGUUGUGACGUCGUAGUUUAGGUGUGCGUUUCAUGAAUAUUCAAUAGCUGUAAGAAAUCGGGUGCAAAACUUGUGUAGAUUUACUAUGAUAUCAUGACGUGGUUGUUGAAAACUGAAAUAUAUGGACAUAACUACUAUUGUAUUAUUAAACGUUUUUGUCAAUUUUAUGAAUGUCCUGUAAACGUUGUCUCUGUAAAAUUUAUCUGAAAUUUAUUAUGAAUUAAUGGAUCCGUGGUUUUUAUUUUUUAUAGAAACAUUUACCACCUUUUUUGAGGCGAAGUUCGUGUCAUUUGACUUGUUCAAAAUUAAUUGUGUAAUAUAGUUUAUGAACAUUAUGUGAGGACCUUACUUAGACCACGUGCCGUUGUGGUUCAAUUGCUGUAUAUUGUGUAUGUGUAAACUAAGUGUAACUACAUAGACUAAUUCAUGUAUCAUUGACAGUGUACAGUGUUAGUUGUAGUUGUGAUUCAAUUCAGAGCAGUGCCAAAAUCAAAACGCUACAGUCAAAAUGUAUUCAAAGCCAUCGACGAUCGAUGUAUUAAAAAACAGACUUUGCACUCAUCUUCCGUGAGUGAUGACUGGUAGAUGCAACAUGGUUGAAAAUGUUGCAUGAUGCAGUUAUAGAUAACUUCCACAGUUAAAACCUUCAGUUGUUGAACUUGAAAGCCGCUUUCAUAAAGCAUAAAUACGCAAUCCUUUUAAAAUGUCACGUCUUUAAUUUACUAACGCCGCCGUCUUGUAGUCGGUCAAGUUGCAAAUUGUUUGAAGACAUUCAAAACAAAUCCAUAUUUAAUGGUAACUUCCAAGAGGUCUGCUUACAUUUUCUUGGUCGUUGCGCAGAUAUUCAAAAAAUGACGUCACGGCUUUGACACAUGACGUCAGGACUUCAUGUUUAUGUGGAACAAUUGAUCUUUUGAUAAUUAAUUGUUGUAGGGCUUCCUUGUAUGUGAUGUGGUGCUUAGUAUAAUCGUCCCUCUAUUGAUCAUACGAACACCCCUUCGUUGUGAAUCGAUGCUUCCAUCCAGAUAGUUAAAGGGAUGAACAUUAAAUCCUUUUUUAGUUUUAGUCCUGGAUUUUUUCAUUUUUUUUAAUAUUAAAAUUGCAAUCUCUGAUACCACCCUUUCAGUGCGUAAUAUCUGUCAGAUAGAUCGCAAAAAAAUAUGGGAGUUAAUGUGUGUAUAAUAAACUGCCCGAAUUGUGACCAAUAAAUGUUAAAUGAUGCAAACUUGCGUCAUUGAAAAUUGACGUAUACAGAUAUUUUUUUUUGUAUUUUAUAAAUUUGUUUAAAAAUAAGAAAUUUCGAAAAUUGUCGUCGAACCAGAACCAGAUCCGUUAAAGGAGGGCUGACUGAAGGUUCGGUGACCUAUGACACGCGCAGUGAAAGCAAGUUUACCUGCAUGACUUGUGUUUGUAGAAUCGGACUUGUGGCAAAAGCCAGACCUUGUCAUCCAAAUACUCAAUGAAUAGUGAUAACACACCAUGGAGUGAAAAAUUGAUAUUUUGGUUAUAGCAAUUUCUAUCAGGAUAGUUUUCAAGUCGACGGGUUUUUGUCUUAUAGGUUUCUGUUUAGUUUGUUUCCCUAAUUUAUUGGUGCUCCGUUUACCACCUUUUAAUGCUUUGUAAAUGCACGCCCUCUGUUGACCUGUGUUGGUCAGUUGCAUGGCUAUUCUUUAAUAAUCUGUAUUAUUUUGUAUAGCGAGGAUACCUGUAUACGUAUCUACCCUUUUUGACAGUAAAAUGUAGUAUAAAGAAAAUAAUAAUAAUAAAAAAACAGUUGUGCAACUAUAAAGACAA